GAACAUUUUAAUCUUUUGGGUGACGCAGUGAUUCACUUCCAUGGCGUGGGCAGUCGUACUGUGAAGAAACUUUGCCUUUACGACCUUGGUGUUGUUUCUAUCCUAAAACCUGACGUUAUUAUUCUUGAAAUAGGCACUAUUGCUAACCGUCCCGAGGUGGUCUGUUCUGAGAUCCAACCAAUACCUCACUCAUGUUCUAGAGCUUUCUCCCAAAGUUUUUUCCUGGGGCCAUAUGGGCUUUAGUAAUCCCACUGUCAGUCCUUACUUCCCCGAUGGCGUUCACUCAAACCCUCAAGGCCAGUAUUCUCUUUAUCGAAGCUAUCAGGGAGCUAUCUUGAAGGCCCUUCACUUGCUUUGAUUUUCUCACCUUGGCGGCUUUCUUUUUCUGGUAUUGUUUUAUAAGGCCUUGGUGCUGGAUUUUAUUAAUCUUGAUUUUCAGCCCUUGUUGCAAAAAUGUUUUGUAAUUUUAAGCCCUUGUUGCUCUGGUUUAUUUUAAUUUUAUUUUAUUGGGGCCCGUGUUGCACAUGUGUCAUUUUAGUUGAAGCCCUUGUUUCUCUUGUUUGUUUUCAUUUUGAAUUAGAGCCCUUAUUGCUCUGGUUUUAUUUUAUUUGGUGGCCCUUGUUGCUCCGGUUUAUUUUGAAUUAGAGCCCUUGUUGCUCUGCUUUCAUUUUAUUUGGGGCCUAGUUGCUCCUGUUUAUUUUGAAUUAGAGCCCUUGUUGCUCUGGUUAUAUUUUAUUUAGUGCCCUUGUUGCUCCUGUUUAUUUUGAAUUAGAGCCCUUGUUGCUCUGGUUUUAUUUUAUUUGGGGCCCUUGAUGCUACCGUUUAUUUUGAAUUAGAGCUCUCUUUGCUCUGGUCACGGGCUAUUGCGGCGACACUGUGUCAGCCAUGCCUGUUACUAAAAAAUAUUAUUUACUGUAUUUUGAAUUUUCACUGUUAGUUCUAGGUACUUGGUUGGUUGGUUGUUGUUUCCUUGUUUUCUGUAGAUGCCUCCUCGUCGUUCACAGCGAUCCAAGCAGCCAUCUGCUCAGGCCUUGGAGGCUUUGGUCUCCUCCCCUCCGCAGCAUGUGAGGACACAGAGUUUGGUUGUCGAUGGCAGCUUAUUAUCCUCAACCAAGCAACCCUUCCUUCUGCAUGAAUCCUCGGCAGCACAACCUGUGUCACGAGCAGCAACCUUGUUCCCUGUGCAAUCCCAGCGACCUCAUGCAGCACCAGCAACAGACCAGCCCGCCGUUUUAACUUCACCUGUAAUGGAUCAGCUGGUGUCGCGGGUAACAGAGGAAGUGACCAACCGGUUGCAGCCAUUGCUUUCAAAUUUAAGCUCAAUGGCCCAGCAAGCACAAAGUCCCCCCUCCACAUCAUCUCAAGCAUCUGUCACUCCCUGUGGAACAGUCCACUUCUUUACAGUCUUCUGGAUCCAA